AUGGAUUAUUUGCCAGUGCUAGGAGAGUACCAAUCAUACUCCGGCUACACCGACAAUCUUGCUUAUGCCAAGGAAUUGGAUCAUAUUGUAAAUUUUAGGGUAUCCAAACUAAAAGCUGCAGUUGUUGAUAUUACUAGAGAUCUGUAUGAUGCGAGAAACUACGAUUUACAUUCAUUUUCUCAAGAAGUAAACGUUAGGUUCAACGACUUCGUUAAUAAAAUGUUUGCCAACUACUCUAUAAUCACUUCCAUGGGUUACCACUUUGAAAUAAUAUUAUUCGAGUACAAAAGAGGUACUAUGAAAUUGACCAAGAAGUAUAUACCUCAGGGAGAGGUGUAUUUUAACGAUGCAGCCACCAGGGCAAUGGUAUAUUUCACAGUUAAAAGAUUGGACAAGUUGUUUACAGAAAUCAUGGAUUUAGUGGAAAGCCUAAACAAUGAGUGGGAAAAGCUGAAGGUUUAUGUAACUAGGGGUGUAUCCGAGAUGGACCACCAAUCCACCACAGUCAAUAAGACGAUACCGGUUUAG